UUGAACAGACCGCGAUCAAAUUAGAUUAACUCUUUCCGCAACAGCUACGAUCAGGAAGUUAGAUAUAAGUAUAACACAAACAGCUCUUUGUUUGAUUGUUAAAAACUAGGAAACGGCAUACUUUGAAAACGAUAUUUACAAAUAUUUGUUAACGGAAAAAAUAGCUAAAAACAUCAGACAAAUUGAUAACUAAAAAAAACAAAACAAAAAAAAAAAAAAAAACAUUAAUGAUGCUUUCAUGGCAAAUUAUUUGGAUUGGGACAGUGGCGUUUUUGUCUCAGAUAGAUUACGUGACAUCGCAUGGACGCUUGAAGCAGCCGGCACAGAGGUCGUCUGCUUGGAGAUAUGGAUUCGAUAAUCCCCCAAACUACAACGAUAUGGAGUUGUUUUGUGGAGGCUUUGGGGUGCAAUGGAACCCUGAAAACGAUGGUCGCUGUGGUGUUUGCGGCGAUCCUUUUAACGCUGCAGUUAAACCGAAUGAAGAUGUAGAUGGCAAAUAUGUCGUAAAUGGCGUCAUCACCGGAAGUUACUUCAAAGGGGAUGUUAUGGAAACAAAAGUUCAACUAACUGCCUAUCACAAAGGAUGGUUUGAAUUCAGACUGUGUCCUCUGGCGACUCCAGACACUAAGGUGACACAGGAAUGUUUGAAUCAGACUUUGCUAAAGGUUGCGGGCUCCAACAUUUCCAGGGUAAUUUUAGAAGAUAUUAAAGUCGGGUCAACAGGUUCUGGAAUAUAUACUUUCAACCUUCAGUUGCCUUCCAGCAUAACAUGUGAGAGAUGUGUCUUGCAGUGGAAAUAUAACACAGGAAACAGUAAUGGCUGUGAGUCCAAAGGCUGCUGUAUCGGUUGUGGAAAGCAGGAGAACUUCGUCAAUUGCGCAGAUAUCAAAAUUACUGACGUACAGUCAACGACAGGAAGUAGUUCAUCCGUCAGCCAAUCAGCUACCAUGACUGCGCUGACGUCAUCUACUACAUUGCAAAGUUCCACGUCUUCAGUAAUGUCUUCCACGUCAUCGUCGACAUCUACACCAAGCACCACAACAUCAGCUACAACAACAACAACAACAACAUCGACAGCCACAGAAUCAUCAUCUGCCUUGACUACCAACUCUCAAACAUCAUCGUCGCAAUCAUCAUCCUCAUCAACAGCAGCAGCAACAACAACAACCGGAAGCACGAUGUUAACUUCUACCUCGGGUUUCGUUUGCACAGCUGUGUAUCCCUACUCAAAUAUUCCCGGUAUAACUGCAUGGUGCUAUAUGAACUGUCCCCAAGGUUACUGUCCGCCAACUCAUUGUCAGUGUUCAAACAGCUGAGCGAAAUCCGUGUUAUAGUUACUUUACAGUAUUAUCAUGUGGGAAAUACUUCCAUUUUAAUCAAAGUACAUACAUGAGUAUGUUUUCAUUAUGGUGCUCUUUUUGUCGACAUGGUUUUGUCAGUUACAAGCAUAAUAUAAACCAUGCAAAGCCUCAGACUGAAAUUUAUUUUAUUCAGCAAAGCUAUUCACUACUCAUAAGACAUCGAAACCUUUUUACCAUUGUUUUCACGUAGCUAUGAUACAAAAUAAACAACUAAAUAUAUAUUGAAUAAGGCAGUAAAAAUAUUGAAGCCAUCUUUUUUUUUUAAAAAUGAGAGAAAAGAAAACUGGCAUCCAAAUAUCAAAUACAGUAUUUUAAUGUCCGAACUUUCUGGUAUCUAGAUACCAUUCACACUUCGAUCCAGCACACACCUUUUCUGAAAUACAGAAUUUUAUCCAAUUUCCUUGAAUGUAUGUAUAGUACUGACAUAACACUUUAAAUCAAGCUUAGAAUCUUUGCUUGUUAAAAGUUACUAUUGUUAAUAUUUAGAUUUCCAAAAUUACUGUGAUCAGUAUUAAAGUUGAUUGUGUCCGCCAUUUCUUUUUUUAAUGUUUGCGCAUGAAGUUUAAUGAAGUUAAAUAGAUUUAUGAAAAAUGCUUGAUUACCUGACUUAUAUUGCUAAAGAUCACCAGCAAACAUCGAGAAUCUGGAAGGCUUCAAGUAACUAUUUGUUUGAGUUGAACGCGCCAACUUGAAAAUGCAGGAACGCUAAAUUUUCGUUUCUAAUUUGGUAAAUCGUAGACCACUAAAUAAUUCCUCCCUUUCGAAUAAUAGUUUAUAUCUAUUCAAUAACGUUUUCUAUCAUUUGACCUAAUUACACUGACUCCGCGUUCUUUGUGUCAUGGAUUUUGACUGGUACCCGGCAUAUCAGCUUAACUUUCAUCUUUGUGUCAAAUAAAAAUGACUUAGUGUUUGAAAUUAUUUUUUGACCAGUGGCACUGUAGUAUUUUUCAAUUUAUCGGAAAAUUUAGUUUGGUAAAUCAACAUUUACUUCCAGUCGUUUAUUAACCCGGUAAGUCACAUACUGUAGGCGGAGCUUAAAUUGUAAACAAAAAUAAUUUCAAACACUAAACAGGUUAUUGUUUAUUAGUAAGCAUUACAUUUAUCAAAUUAAUUUUAUUGCGCGGCUGGGCCACGCCAAACCAAUUUAAUUAAUUUGAUACAUGCUUACUAAUAAACACUAACCUAUACGUAGGUUCAGGUAAACUGCAUCAGUUGCAGUAACAUAACAAAACAUCCGUUGAUUCUUUCAUUAAAAAUGCUCGUCACUUACACACCAACAUAUUUACGUCAGUCUAUGAAAUUAUGGAAUCUUUUAUUAUGACCUUCAUUCCUCUGUUAACUAUAAUAAAAGCUCACCCUUUGCACUAAAGUAUAUGUUGUGAUUUAAGGAGAUGCCAGUUUCCCUUAUAAUUUCACUAAGCACAGAGAAGACGCAACUAUGGCUUAAAAGGUCUAACAACUUGUUUCUGUGAUAGAAAACUGUCAAUAGUAAAGUAUGAACCAUUAAGAAUGAACUGUGAAUGGUGAAUUAUGAAGUGUGAACAGUGAACAAUGGUGAUUUAUGAAGUGUGAACAGUGAACAAUGGUGAUUUAUGAAGUGUGAACAGUGAACAAUGGUGAUUUAUGAAGUGUGAACAGUGAACAAUGGUGAUUUAUGAAGUGUGAACAGUGAACAACGGAUCAUAUGAAGUUUGAUGAGUGAAAUAUUAUCUGUGAAAUAUGGAGUGUGAAAUUAUCACGUGUAAACUGAAUUAUGUAGUGUAAUUGUAAUGUAUGAACUAUGAAGUGUAAACUAUUGAUUGUGAGGUCGCCAGUGGGUUUUCUCAAAUAUUUAAUGUAUAAUUUGAAGGAAUCCAUGCAGCAUAUUUUUAGUAAUAAAUCAAGACUUGAACAAAUACUGUGCGUCAUACUGAACAUUUUCUUUAUAUAACAUGUUAUAUACCGUAUUCUCAUUAAAUACUGAAACAUACGUGACGUUCACAUUUACGAUAUAGCAUACGUUGUAUUCCCAUCCAUGAAAUUAACAUUUUGGUUACAUACUUUACAUUCACGACUAAACAUACAUUACUUUCACCACUUAACAUAUAAUACUUUCUGAUUUUUUACUUAAGACUUAACAUAUAACACUUUCUCGUUUUCAACUACUUAAGAUUUAACAUAUAAUACUUUCUCAUUUUCUAUUUAAGAUUUAACACACAAUUGCCUCUCAUUUUCUACAUAUGCAACUUAUCAAACACGGCAGUAUCAUUUGCUUAUUUAAGAAAGAAUUUAUAGCAAAAGAGUGCUUUAUCACUAUUUAUGCACGAUGGGCGGUUAUACGUCGGGCGUAAUAAUUUCACGAGGGCGCAGCCCGAGUGAAAUUAUUUGUACGACGUAUAACCGCCCGAGUGUAUAAAUAGUGUUAAAACACGGUUUUGCUAUAAAUUAUUUCGAUUCUAAUAUGCCCUUAAUCUAAAACAGUAGAUAAAAUAUAGUAGCGCUCUUUCUUGGUCGCAACAAAAACUUUGACGUCACCGCACGUUAACGUGACGUCAUUCUAGCGUAAGCGUGUUUUAACAGAGACAAGCAUAUUAGAAUAAUAUAUAUUACAUUCUCGUUUACUACUAUACAUGUAUUACAUUAAUUUCACUACUUUUAUUCGCAUUUACGAAUUUGCAGACAUUUUAAUCACAAUUUACUUCUUUAAUAUUUACCAUUUAACAUAAUCAAACAUAUAUGUUAAAAGAUGUAUAUUGUGGUUGUUUCACACUUUACGUUACUACCAAUAGAAUGUUUUCAACAGAGCAGUAUGUAUAAUUAACAAAUAAUCAAGGCCUUCGAGUUGUUUAUCGUCUGAUUUACCACGGUUCAUAGUUCAGAUGCGUAGAAAUUGAACCACGAGGGCGUUAGCCCGAGUGGUUAAAUACUGAAGCAUCUGAACGAUGAACCGUGGUAAAUCAGACGAUAAAUCACAAGAAGGCCUUGAUUGUUUUCAUUCUGACAUGCUCAUUGAUAUAUUUUAAUAAAUUUUAUACUGGACUUCAUUUACGUGAGGAGUAAUGUAUCGGACGUCAUGCGGCAAUUUAACGUCAUAAUUGACGUCAUAAUGCUCUCUUACCGGUCCGCGCGUCAACCGUUGUUUAUCGCAGAAUAUACAGAGCUUGAUUUUCUUCUUUCUUUAACUGGAAAUCAAAUCGAGCCAUGUUAGAAUUGUUGUUUCAUGUUUAACCAUUUAACCUGUCAAUUACAUCAAUAAAUGUGUAAAAAAGUCGA